AAAGUGGGGUCUGGAUCUUAACACCGGAUUCUCAUGGUAAACUCGCUGCUUGUUUUAGGUUUUGUUCCAGAGAAACCGUGUCCUCGUCUCUGUAUGAAUGUUCCACGUUUACUUCAGUUUGCAUCCCUACUGAGAGCAGUCCGAGCGCCAGGCUGGAGACCAUGGAUUCUGGGGCACAUGCAUUUCUCUCUACACAGAGCACCUCUGCUUCAGGCAGCAGGGAAGAAAAACUCUCUCAGUCUCCUUGCACUAACUGAGGCAGAAUUAGAGGAACAGUUUGUGAGAGGUCAUGGCCCGGGAGGCCAGGCCACAAAUAAGACAAGCAACUGUGUUGUCUUGAAGCAUGUUCCAUCUGGGAUUGUAGUGAAGUGUCAUCAAACAAGAUCAGUGGAGAAGAACCGGAAGAUAGCCAGAGAAAUCCUGCAGGAAAAGGUUGACCUGUUCUAUAAAGGUGAAGAAAGUGAUGUUUUUAAAGAGAAGAAAGCAUUGGAGAAGAAAAAGCAGGAGAAAAAAAGAAGAGCAAAGGAACAUCUAGAAAGGAAAAAGCUUUUUAAAGAGAUGCAACAACUGGAUACGAAAUGAACUGUGUGAAAUACAGACUUGCCUGAGUAGGCACCUCACUAGUUGCCACCAAGUUUUGGCCUUCAGCACUGAAGGAGAAAGCUUCAGGAAGCCAGGCCACAGUAUCUGUUUUGAAAGGAGUGGAGACUACUGGCGACUGUAACCACCUUCCAACUGCAUCCCACUGUGCCAGGGAUGGAAACUCACCAGCAAUUCAGGGCUGUUCCCUAAUUCCUUUCUCUGUUCCUGAACCUGAGCCUCCUGCAUGAAAGUUACAUUUUUAGCUAUUGAGAGUUCUUGUUCAUGGAGUAUGAAUCCAAUUAAAGUGACUGUACAUAGUUUUAAUACAAACUGUUAAUGAAAAUAAGCUUUAUUACGUCAAGUAAUAAAUACAUACAAAGAUGCAAAUAACAGUUUUAGUAAUUUAUCCAGAAUUUUCUUUUUUGGCAAACUUUAAACUGAAAUCUCCAGCCUUAAUGUAGAAAUUAGCUUUCCAGGACCUUGUUAUUAUUUAAUAGGUUUCCCUAUUUUCCAUAUAACUCAUGCACUUUAAAUGGACUUCAAAGCACUAACAGUCAUGCAAAUGUUUAUGCAAAACGAACAAAAAAGGGAAAAUAAGAGAAGGGGAAGGUUAUUUCUAAGCAGGGUCUAUGCUGUAUGACAUAGUGUGACUUAGCAGACUACAGGGGACAGCAUGCUAUUCUGCAUUCAUUAAACAAAAUCCUCAGAGCUUAUGUCAGACUGUGGAAGACUGACAGUUUGGGGUUAAGUGAAUACAGUCAAAGGAAGAAACCAAAAACCAGAAUGAGACUGUGGCUGGAUAAGAAGAGAACUGAAAUAGAGCCUGGGAGAGAAAGAGCAUUCCUCUGCAUGCAGUUCAGUUUUCAUGUUUUAGAAACAUUUUGGAGGGAGUUUUAAUGUCUUUACAAAAUGCAACCCUCAGGAAGUUGAAAAAAUCCUUGUUUUCUCAUUCUUAACUAUUAACAUUUUCUUAACAUUUUCGUAAGGGUGAAACAAGAAAGGCAAAACAUUCAAAAUAAAGGAAUUUGUCUGAAUGUUUCAAGAGUCAAAA